AAGGAAUCCGAGAUUUAUGAUCUAAUGCAAGCAGCGGAUGUCGAUAACAGUGGAACAAUUGAUUAUGGGGAGUUCAUUGCUGCAACAUUGCAUCUAAAUAAAAUUGAGAGAGAGGAUCAUUUAUUUGCUGCAUUUUCAUACUUCGAUAAAGAUGGAAGUGGCUAUAUCACCCCAGACGAGCUUCAACAAGCCUUUGAGGAGUUUGGCAUAGAGGAAUCUCGCAUGGAAGAGAUGAUCCGAGACGUCGACCAAGACAAUGAUGGACGCAUUGAUUACAACGAGUUUGUUGCCAUGAUGCAAAAAGGGAAUCCAAUCAUAGGCGUUGGUAAAAAGGGCCUAGAGACGAGUUUCAGCAUAAAUUUUAGAGAUGCGUUAAAGCUCUAACUUGGGUUUUGGAGAGGCAAAUUGAUUCUUUUUUUUUUUUAAUUCAAUUUUAUUUAUUUUUCUUAUAUUAAUACUUUGUGAUGUUGGAAUAGUAUAGUGAGAAGCCCUGAUGGCCAGUUCUUGUCAUUCAGUGGCCUUGCUCUUUCAUGGAACUUGUUUUCUUUCCAUGUUUAGUUUCAAUUUGUUUUUCUGUGACAGUUUCUGUCUUAAAUUAUAUGUUUCUUACCUUUUUUAAUUUUAA